AUGUCGUCCACCAGCAACGCCUCCAUUGACAAGUUCAACGGAGACAAUUACGCAACGUGGAGCCGGUACAUGCGCGGUGUGUUUUUGACGAAGUCCGUCUGGCACGUUGUCAACCGUGAAGUGACUCCGACUUUCACCGACCCGCGAGCGUCCGAUGACUACGUCAAGGCAAGCAACGUCGCGUUUGGUAUGAUGCUGCUGCACAUGAACGCGGACUACCAUCAUGUGCUGGACAACUGCGAGGAAGCCUGGGUUGCGUGGACAAGUCUGAAGACGCUGUACGGUGGGUCGCAGAAGGCAGGACGCAUCUACCUCAAGCGACAACUUUUUGUUGAAAAGACAGCGGCUGUGAAGAAGACACCUCGUCAAGCUGCGUCAAGUGUUGAAGCAAGUGGAAGACCAAGCUUCGCUAUACCGGUGGGUACCGGUAUGUACCAGUAA